AUGGGGCGAGUCACCAUCUACCGGAACCGCGCUCUCGGCCACGAGCAAUUGAUGCACGACUACUUCGCGGAGGUACCGACAUACCCACCACGCCUCUUCCGGACAAGGUACCGAAUGCGCCGUAGUUUGUUCGUGAAGAUUGUCAACGAUUGUGCGGUCGCCUCAGAUUACUUCAAGCGUCGUAGAUCCGCCGCCGGUAUCAUGGGGUUUAGUGGGUACCAAAAGAUAUCGGCGGCAAUGCGGGUGCUCGCCUAUGGCAUACCCGCGGACUACACUGACGAGUAUCUUCGCAUUGGACAAGAUACAACCACGGAGUCCGUCCGUAGGUUUGCAAAAUUGGUCAUCCGGUUGUAUGGUGAUGUGUAUCUUCGAGCACCCAACGAAGAAGAUACAAAGAGAUUGAUGGAGAUGAAUGAAAAAAGGGGAUGGCCGGGGAUGCUUGGUAGUCUUGAUUGCAUGCAUUGGACAUGGAAAAAUUGUCCAAAAGGCAUGGCAAGGCAUGUAUUGCGGUAA